UACCAACUAAAAGCAUUCACACAACAAAGUGAAAAGCCAAAAACCUUCCCAUAAAGGAAUAGUUAUCUUCUCUCCUUCUCUCUCUCUCUCUCUAACAUGCUAAGAAACCCAAGAGAGAAAGAGGAAAAAGAAGAAGAGGUGAAGGAGAUUUUUGCGUGACUUCGUUAAUGGCGAAGCGUGGAGCCGAGGAGAACAUAGUGAAAGAGGUAGAAGGAGGAGAAAAUCAGGCUCACCCAUAUGCGUUUUACGUUUCUGGACCUCGAAACGUUUCUUCUCCCAAUUGGAGAGACCUUAUCAAUUCAAGUUGGAAAGAUGGUAACUACAAAAGGACAGUAAUUGCUUGUUUCAUACAGGCAGUAUACUUGCUUGAACUUGACAGACAAGAGAACAAAAGUGAAGAAAAUGCUCUUGCUCCAAAAUGGUGGAUGCCCUUCAAGUACAAGUUAUCCCAGACCUUGAUCGACGAAAGAGACAGGUCCAUUUUUGGGGCAAUACUAGAAUGGGACCGAUCCGCAGCUCUAGCUGACUUAGUACUAAUCAGGCCAAGUGGUGCACCAAGAGCUGUGUUGGCCCUUAGAGGAACACUGCUCAAAAGCCUAACGAUUUGGAGGGACGUUGAGGACGAUCUCCGGUUCUUUGCUUGGGAAAGCUUGAAGGGAUCAGUGAGAUUCAAAGUGGCCUUGGAGGCAUUGAAAUCAGUGGCGGAAAAGUAUGGAAGCAGCAAUGUGUGUGUUGCAGGGCAUUCUCUAGGGGCUGGUUUUGCUCUCCAAGUGGGAAAAGCUUUGGCCAAAGAAGGGAUUUAUGUUGACACACAUUUGUUCAAUCCACCUUCUGUUUCACUGGCUAUGAGCUUAAGAAACAUUGGAGAAAAGACUGGUUUUGUUUGGAAGAGACUCAAAUCCAUGCUUCCUUCUUCUUCAAGUAGUGAAACUGAGGAAGAAAGAGGAGAUAAGAGUAGUGAUGAAAAUAUUACUACUAAUUCUUCUUCUUCGUAUGGAGUGGGAUUGAAGAAUUGGAUGCCAAGUUUAUAUGGUUUGAAGAACUCUGGUGUGGCUUUGGGGGAAUGGGUGCCUCAUUUGUAUGUAAAUAAAAGUGACUAUAUUUGUUGCUCUUAUACUGACUCUGAUGGAACAGAAGAAAACAACAAUAGUGGUGAUAAAGAGAAUGUGGGACCGAGAAAUAAUGGGCAAAUGACGGCUAAGCUGUUUGUGAUGUCAAAGGGAAACCAGAAGUUUCUAGAGGCUCAUGGAUUGGAGCAGUGGUGGUCUGAUGACUUGGAACUUCAAAUGGCUAUUCACAACAGUAAGAUCAUAAGUAGGCAGCUGAAAUCCUUGUACACUCUUCCACCUCCACAACAAACACAAGGAAAGCAGCCCAGAUAACAAAUGGUUUAUCUUUAUCAUAUGGAUUGGAGUUGACAGAAAUUUUGUUUGGUGUGUGUGCGCUCUUAGUUUUCGGACAAGAUUCAAAUAGAAUCUAAAAUGAUGUGAAUCUUCACAUCAACAUAAUAAAAUUAUUUUCUUUAUUUCCCUCA